AGGGUUCAAGUGUCAGUGAAUGUCGAGAGCGUUUCUUUUUUGCGCGUCUUAGAAGAAUGGCCUCAGCUCCUACUGACACAGUCGUACCCUUGGAACCAGAGUCUGAUUCAACAGGCGCUGGCCAACUCCCAGGCCUAACGAGAAAGAGACACGAGAAGUCUCCAUUGCUUCCUGGGGCCCAUCGAAGACUGUUUCGGAGCCUGUUGGGUCGCAACCCUACUUCUCCCGUGUCUGAAUGUAGCACAGGCGACAAUGGAAGCUUUAGUGGUGGAACGUCUCUUCUUGGAUCAACUGAAGGCAACGGUUUCAGUGAGACGAAUAACGCAAAUGAUGCAUCGAGGCUCGGGACUUUUGCGGGUGUUUUUGUCCCUGUUGCGUUGUCGCAGUUCAGCGCCUUGUUGUUCUUGCGUGUCGGAUACGUUGUAGGGAAUGCUGGUUUGUUGGAAGCAUUACUGCAAUUCGUACUGGCGUAUGGAAUCCUGCUAUUCACAGUAUUAUCAAUCUGUGCCAUUUCCACAAAUGGUGCUGUUGAAGGAGGAGGAGCAUAUUUCAUGAUUAGCAGAACUCUAGGUCCCGAGUUCGGCGGGAGCGUCGGGACAAUGUUCUUCGUGGCAAAUGUUUUCUCGUCGACGCUUUACGCCACUGGAACUGUCGAAGGACUCGUGUCGAACUUCGGCGAAGGAGUUAUGAUCAGUCGUGUCAUGGGCCCGGAGUUUGGGGGCAGCAUUGGGCUACUGUUCUUUAUAGCGAAUGUCUUCUCGUCUGGUCUGUACAUCGUUGGUUGCCGUGAGGGCUUGAUCUCAAACUUCGGCACUGGAGGCUACAUAAUUGAUGGAGGAAUACCGUCUGGAAGAUGGAUGGAGUUUCUGUACGGGACGUGCGUGAACGUAUUUAAUCUUGUCGUCUGUCUGAUCGGGGCUUCCAUGUUCGCCAGGACGGCUAUCGUCAUUUUCGGCGUCCUCUUGAUCUGUUUGGGCUCUGUGACCUUACCAGAAGCUAACACGUGGGCGAUUGAGAAGAACAUCACAGUUGCCAAUUACAGUGGGUUUUCUUGGGAUACUUUCUACGGAAACCUCUUUCCGCAAUACUCAUUGGAUUACACUAUCGCUAGCUGGCCUCAAAUUGAUUUCUCCGGAGUUUUUGGGGUUUUAUUUUCCGGUGUCACCGGGAUCAUGGCCGGCGCAAAUAUGUCUGGUGAUUUGAAAGACCCCGGUCGCAGUAUCCCGAGAGGAACAAUUGGUGCUGUGGGCUUCACAUUGUUGAUCUACAUCCUACUGUCUUUCGGAACUGCGGCUACGUGUCCUACAUUUUUGCUCCAAAAUAAUUACAUAUAUAUGAUGAACGUGAACCUGUGGGCAGGAUUCAUCACUGUCGGGGUCAUUGUGGCGACGCUGUCGGCUAGUUUGUCGAACCUGAUCGGUGCAAGCCGCGUUUUAGAGGCUUUGGCGAAAGACAAGCUAUUCGGUCCGGUUUUAUCUCCAGUCGUCAAAGGCACCACUUCAGGAGGAAACCCGAUUGCAGCCGUGAUCAUGUCAUGGUUUUUUGUGCAAAUAAUCUUACUGAUCGGGUCGUUGAACUUGAUUGCCCAGAUCACUUCAGUUUUCUUUCUGCUUUCCUAUUGUGCGACAAAUUUGGCCUGUCUGAGUUUGGAACUCGCCUCUGCUCCAAAUUUCAGACCAAACUUCCAGUUUUUCUCGUGGCACACAGCAUUCCUGGGAUUGAUCGGAACGGUUGUGAUGAUGUUCGUAAUCAGUCCAUUAUACGCAGCCGUUUCCAUUUGCCUGUGCUUGCUGCUUAUUAUCGCAUUGCAUCUCCGGUCUCCUCCAUUCAACUGGGGAUCGAUUUCACAGGCUCUUAUAUUCCAUCAAGUCAGAAAAUACUUGCUGCUUUUGGAUCCCAGGAAAGCUCACGUUAAAUUUUGGCGACCGCAAAUGCUGUUGAUGGUGUCGAAUCCACGUGCUGCUUGUCCGCUGAUCUUAUUCGCCAAUGACUUGAAAAAAAGUGGGCUUUACGUUGUUGGUCACGUGAAAGUUGGGGAUUUGGACGUGGAGGACUCUGAUCCGACGUCUGAAGAAUAUUCAGCUUGGCUCUCUCUGGUGGAUCAUCUAAAAGUGAAAGCUUUUAUUGAAUUGACUCUGGCGCCGUCCGUGAGAGUUGGAAUGCAUCACUUGGUUCGAAUUUCCGGGUUAGGGGCCAUGAAACCCAAUACGAUUCUGCUGGGGUUUUUUGACGACGAGAUGCCUCAAGAUUUUUUCGCUCGUGAAGGGACAAUUUUUCAUACAGCGAAGUUUGAAGCAUCCGUGGAGAGAGUCGAGCGAAAGUUUCCCCUGCGCUCGGAUCCCAAUGCAAAACAGCUACCGGUGGAAGAAUAUGUAGCAACUAUGCGGGAUAUCAUUGUGAAGUUUCAGAAGAACCUUUGCGUCUGUCGUCAUUUUGCAAAACUUGAUCGAGAAACAAUCAGGAAGUCAAGAACUACGUGGCACAUCGACGUUUGGCCCCUGAAUUUUCUUCAGCCGUCGGUGAAAGAUUUGAACAGCACAACGUCUUUGUUCACAUUGCAGUUGGCUACUAUUUUAAACAUGACUGCGGCAUGGAAGAAGUUCACUGACGUUCGAGUUUUUCUCUGCGUGGCCUCGCUGAAGUCGGAAGACGUGGAUCCGAUAAAGAGCUACCUGAGUAUGAUGCUGCACGUUUUGCGAAUUAAAGCGACGAUAGUUUGCGUGCCCUGCGAAGAAUUCCCUGGAUUCUUUGACCACGUGGAAGGCGAAAACGAAGAUCGACAGGCAUUUCUUGACGAUGCCUAUUUUAAUUCGGUUAGAGCGUUGAUCUCGGCCAGAUCAAGGAACACUGCGGUUACAUUCCUUUACUUGCCCGAACCGCCGGCAGAAAGAGAAUUGGCUAAAAGUUAUGUGGAAAAUAUCUCCAAGCUUACCGAUGGUCUUGCACCCACAGUUCUUGUGCAUGGAGUAAGCCCUGUGACGACGACAACGCUUUAAGCUUUUGCGAAGGUCUACUUUUUAUUUAACUGAGUAUGUGACCGUGUUGAAGAGUUUUAUAUUAUUUGGGGAAUAUCUGUCGAUGUCAGUUGUUGCUGAGUCAACUUUACGAUUUCUCGUCAAGAGUUUUUGGGAAUUUAAAGGACAAGUACUUGCUUUUUUCAUUUAAACACCCGACAGAAUUUUUCAUGCUGUUUGCAGUAUGUAUUGUGAUCUUGUAGAAAAUGUGAAUUUAUGAGAAAGCUACGUAAGUCCAGAAAAAUGAGUAUCAGAGUAAAAAAAACGAGACGUGAGGGUGCCCUGUUGAACCAUUUUCUUAUAAUUCAAGUUAAGGUGAAAAUGUUUGAUUGUAAAAUGUUUGAUCAAUGCAGUACAUUAUCAUUUUCGGAAAUUUUUUUCCCUAAAAUCCCAAGUUCUGUGUUUGAAAAAUUCAAUCUAUACUCAUUUCAAUGCCGCAAUUUGCUGGAAUGUCGAUUAUUUGAGUCCUCAUCGUUUAAUACUGUAGUACCAGUUUCUGUAAUUUUAGUAUCACUUCCUUAAGCUCAUGUAAUAGAUUUUUAUGCGUCUUAUCUCAUUAGCGGUUUUUUUCCUGGAAUGACUGCAAAAUAUAAUGUGAAAGAAGACUCAGGUUUGAAUGAUUAAUAUUGAUAGAACAUGAAACUCAUUCAGGUUUUUUUUUUAUGCAUUCGUCAAUUGAAAACAUUUAAAUUUCAGUCGAACCUGGAUUGUGUGUUGCCAGCAGCAAAUUUCUUCCGAUGUCUAGUACGAUAGAAAGCUCGGGUGUUUAGAUGAAAAUAAUCAAGUUUUCUCAUAAAGGUGUGUGUUGCAUGUUUGCUUCUGUGCGCUUGAAUCCUAUUGCAGAAGACGUGCCUUUGAUCCUUGAGCGUACCCAAGGACGAGAAGCAAAGAAUGCGAAUCAAAACGACGCUCAUGGAUAGUCGUAACAAAGUUUUAUGUGCUGCAUUUUGUUCUGAAGGCUUGUGUAUUUCCCUGGUAUGAAAGCGAAGUAUCUGUGAUGAUGUGGUUGUCGUGUGUGAGGGCAUUUAGAAUAUUUUUUCAUUUUUACCGGAGAAGAUAUUUAUAAAUUGUUGGCAUCUGGAAGUUGUUCAGCCUGUGAGGAAAUAGAUUCGGUGGGCGAUUGGUUAUUGGGGUAGGAUUUUAAGGAGUGCGGCCUGAUCAUUCAUGAUUUCUGGAAAUUUUCAGAAAUCGUUCGCGGAAACGUACAAUUAAAUCUUUAAUCGGUUCGGGUAGGAGUUGACAAUCUCUAGGAAAUUUGGAAAUUCUGUCGUUCCUCUGUCUGUCUCUCUCUGGGAAAAAAAUUGCGCAAUAAUGUUGGGAAAUGAAAAAUUCAAACGUUGAAAUAA